GAGAUCUCAAGAAACGAAGGAGGAGAAAGAGGUGGGCGGGUUGGCACUAACGCACGAAUUUGAAGCUCAAACAGAUCGAACGUACGAAACGUAUCGUACGUACUAGCUACGUAGGUGUUCAGCCCGAAUGGUGAGGAAAAGUGGGGAUUCGCAUGCAUUGUUAUGAACUGAAUUUUUCCCCGUGGAACAACACGUUGAGGUGCACAUGAUUUGAAGGAAGACUUCAGCCGCUUUGGCUUGGUGCCAGAGAUGGGUAGAUCGCUUCGGAAUUGCGCUUGUACUCAGAAAACUGAACAGUAUUAGGACGAUAUUUCGUUCGCUUACAUGCACUUGCAACCAUGUUCGCUCCGAAUCGGAAAGGUUUCUUCCCGGUGAUCUAUAACAAGUUUAUAGAUAUCCUGGACGAGAAGCCACGCGAAGCCUUCGCAGCUCUUGGAACCAAUGAAGAGAGAGUCAAGUUUUUUCUCGAGCUCCCUUACUUAUCCAGAGGCCAAGAUCAAGAUCUAUUUGCCCUCAUGGCGCCCAUGCCAGGGGUGAAAAACAAUGAAAAGAGUGAAGAGAGCCGAGAAGCCGGCAAUGCAGCCUUCUAUGCGGGCAAGUACUUGCAAGCACAAAUCCUCUAUUCCGGGGCCGUUUUCACGGCCGACCAAACGACCGACAGUUAUUCCUUGGCCUUGGCCAACCGAUCGGCUUGUUUACAAAAAUUGGGAUACUACGAAUUGGCUAUUCGGGACAUCGGAUUGGCCUUGCGUCACCGGUACCCGAAGAAUAAGAUCUUCAAGCUUCUGGAACGCCGUGGAGAAUGCUUUGAAUCUUUGGGUCAAUUCAAAGAGGCCGCAGAGGCAUUUUCACACGGAGCCAAAUACAUUGCUUACUCGACCUUGUCGCGGGAAAAGAAAGACGGCCUGAAGGAGAAAUUCAGAACCAAGGCCGAGAAAAUGAAAUCACUCAGGCCCAAAAGCCAUGAAGAGGAAGAGAAACAGGAUUGGGCUCUCAAGGUGCUGGACCCCCAUCCACACAUGCCUGCUUCGCAUAAAGACAUUGAGAUCCAUUAUGAGCCCCAUCGCGGGCGAUUUGCAAUAGCCAAAGCCGAUAUUCCAAUGGGAACGACCUUGUUCAAUGAGAAGCCCUUACUGUUCUCGCUUCUACCGGAGAAAAUGGGCUCUAACUGCCUGCAUUGCUUCAAGGUCAUCAAAGCCGUCUUACCUUGUCCAGAUUGUGUUUGGGUGUGCUUCUGCUCCCUUGAAUGUCAGGCUCUUUCCCGUCAAUAUCACCAGUACGAAUGCGGGAUCUUGAAGUUGCUCAUCGAGUCCGGAUUAAAUGUCUACUCAUUUCUGGCUUUAAGAGGAGUAGCCACCAUGGGCUUGGGCAAGCUCAAGGCCUUAAAAGAUAGGUUGGCCGUUCGCAACGAGCAACUAGGGGUGGGUCAGGAUUCGGAGUACUCUUCUCUGGACUUCUUGACCACCUACAAUCUGGUCAGUCUGGAUCACACUAUAACACCAACUGAGUGGAUCCUAAGAACUAUGGCCGCAGUUCUGCUGGUGCGGAUGCUUCAAAUCACCCCUUUUUUCGACGAUUCCGAAGACGUGGCCGAGGAUUCGAUUUUUGUGGGUGGGAUCCUCCUUCAAUUGAUUAAUGUUUGUCCUACCAACUCCCACGACGUGAGCGAGUUUGAGACUCCGGUUGCUGACAAAUUCACCAAUGCUUGCACGAAGGUUUCAAUCGGAGCUGCUAUUUAUCCUGCCUUGGCCUUACUCAAUCACAGCUGUAAUCCGGACUUCAUGAGGUGCAAUAAGGGCAACGAAGUCAUUUGCGUCUCCAAUCGAUUCAUCAAAAAAGGCCAAGAAAUCUGCGAGAACUAUGGCCUUAUGUAUACGAUGAAGACCAGAGACGAGCGGAGGAAGAUUUUGGACAAGCAUUACAAGUUCUCCUGCGAUUGUCAAACCUGCUCCGAAGAUUGGCCUCUGUUGAGUAGCCUCAAAUCUGAUGUGGCCAUGGACCCAAACAAUCAGAAAUUGACCCGAUUUCGGCGCUUCAGAUGCGUUCAUUGCGGAAACAAUUUGCCCGCUUUUGAUCGAUUCUCUGUACGCGUAAAUGCGGUUUGCCUGAUGUGCGGAAAACAAACCGAUCUUCAGCAGGAUGUGCCCCUAAGUCGAAUUAAGGAGUUGUCCAAGCAAUCAGUGGAAAAAUUUAUACAAGGAUUAUGGGAAGAGGGCAUGGUCCUUGGCCGUGAAUGCGCCGAACUGAUCGAGAAACACGUGCAUUUGCCAAUUUUGGAACUAACCGACAUUCAGAUAGGGAUUUGGAAAUGCAUUUGGAUCAAAUGGGGGAAUUUGAAACUUGUGAAAUUUUAACUCGUCUUUCAGAAAGAAAGUCGAUAUGAAGGACCGAAUCUUGACCCUAAAGUGUCCUAAAGCCAUUACUAUCAUUCGAUGUCGCUAACUCAUCAAUUAUUGCACGCAGAGAUCAAGAACCAAGAAGAGUGAUUGACUCAGGGUUGGGCAUGAAAAUACAGCAUGAACGAAUGA